CAGCUGCUUUGCCAACUCGCCCACCAUAGUCCAUAGAUCUUCCCCGUCGCCAAAUAGAAGCCUUUGUUCUAACCCAUCUACGACGAGAGAAGCCUCGCCCCUUGCUCCGUCUUCACCGCUUCAAUCGUAGAACCGGUGGUGGUAGUAGUACACAACCACCUCUUUAACUCAUCUCUGACACAACUUGUCUUGUUAUCUUUGCUACUGCCGCCUUAUUUGUGUCACCCUUGGUCUACCCCAAGCUCGAGCGUUCCACCUUGAACCCUUGCCGAAGAUGAUGGUGACUUCGCGCCGAAGAAGAUGAUUAGAUGGUCUGAUGGAUCGGACGACGUCCGGGCGCUGCUAAUACCAGGGGACUAGGGAGUGGUGAACUUUAAAUCCUUAUAAAGGAUAGGAUGUACUCUACACGUUUCUGAAUCAGUUGAUCUGAUUAAAAGCAAAAAAAUGGAAAUGCAAUGCAGCAAAGUAUGCAUGCAGACACAGCUUUUGCUAUUGUAUACACGGAAAUAAUAUUUUCUUUAUAUAUAUGUGGCGCCACAUCAUAUUUUCCAUGUAUAUCUCUAGUUCCUGAGGUUGAGUGCAAGAGAGGGAGAAGAAUAUAAGUGCGUGUGCAUGGCUUUUGCCCCCACAUGCACUGCACACUUCACAAACACAAAAAGGGCAGGGCCUCGAGCCGGCACGCAAAGCUACCCCCUGCUAGCUCAGGUAGCCUCGUUGGCCAUGCGAGGCGUCGGCGGCUAGCCGUGCACGCCUGCUCACGCGGCGGACGCAUCGGGCCGCGCGCGGCUUGCCGUGCCAUCUUCGUUUCACGGCCCGUUCCAUCUCCCCACGCAUGCGCACCCGAUCAGAUCGGCGACCAACCACCAAGCCGCCGCUUCGUCUUCUCUCGAACACCAAACCGCCAGCGGCCAGCGUGGAGUGGAGUACUACUAGUACGAGCAGUAGCUAGCUACCACCAGCAGCAGGAGUCACUUGCAAACGCAAGAGCGGCCGGUCAGAUCGAGCGGUGGUGACCACCAGCGAGCGCGCGGUUCUCUGGAGCAGCUCGAUCGAUCGAGCGAGCUGGCUGUUUGCUGGUUGCUGCGGCCAUGGGAGUGCCUUCGUUCUACAAGUGGCUCGUGGGCAAGUACCCUAGCAUCGUCGUCCCCGCGAAGGAGGACGACGGCGGCGCCGGGGGUACGUCAUCGCCGCCGCCGCCGGGGGAUGCCGGCGGCGGACCCAAUGGCGUCUACCACAACCUCUACCUCGACAUGAACGGCAUCAUCCACCCCUGCUUCCACCCGGAGGACCAGGUGUACCCGCCAACGACGUUCGACGAGGUGUUCCAGGCCAUGUUCGAGUACAUGGAUCGUCUCUUCCGCAUCGUCAGGCCUACCAAACUGCUGUACUUGGCAGUAGAUGGCGUUGCUCCCCGCGCCAAAAUGAACCAGCAGAGAUCCAGGCGCUUCAAGGCUGCCAAGGACGCCAAAGAUGCGGAACUGGAGGAAAAACUUCUGAGAGAGAAAUUCAGAGCUGAAGGGAGGGAGGUGCACCCGCGGGAGACAAAUGAGCUUUCAGAUCCUAAUGUCAUUACGCCAGGGACCGAGUUCAUGGAGAAGCUCUCCAUGGCGCUUGAGUACUACAUCCGUGCUCGGCUGAAUAAUGACCCAGCAUGGAAAGGCAUCAAGGUAAUACUAUCUGAUGCAAAUGUACCUGGAGAAGGUGAGCACAAGAUAAUGUCUUUCAUCCGGGCACAACGCACCAGGGAGAACUAUGAUCCAAAUACACGUCACUGCUUGUAUGGAUUGGAUGCGGACCUGAUAAUGCUCGCUUUGGCAUCUCACGAGCUUCACUUUUCAAUUUUGCGUGAGGAUGUGCUACAACAAAACCAACCAGAAAACUGUAUCACUCUAGCUAAAGAAUUGUUCAAAACUGAAGAGCUAAAAAAAUGUAGAGGCUGGUUCCCCCGCACAACAGAAAUGACUCCUAGGGUCAAGUCUCCUAAGAAACCUUAUCAGUUUUUGAACAUAUGGGUUCUGAGGGAGUAUCUGGAGCUUGAUCUGAAGAUACCAAACCCAGUUGUCAAAACAGAUAUUGAGAGACUUAUAGAUGAUUUCAUAUUUAUUUGUUUCCUGACAGGAAAUGAUUUCAUUCCACAUAUUCCUUCAGUAGAGAUACAUGAGUGUGCAGUUGAUCUGUUAUUGGAAGUGUACAAAAAAACCUUCAACAAAAUGGGGGGCUAUAUUGUGAACACGGAAAAGUUGAAAGACAAACAUGCUGCGUAUCUUAAAGUCUCAAGGUUAGAAAAGUUUUUUCAUGAAUUGUCCUUGUAUGAAGAGAAAAUUUUCCUCAAAAGAUAUGAGCUGCGAGAGAGGCUACAGCGCAAUAUACUGCGUCGAGCUGCAGAGAAGGAAUGGAAUGAAAGAAACUUUGACAAUAUGGAACAAAAUCCUGAUGGUCCAGGCUUGACAGUUGAUUCAUUAUCAGCGCAAUGCAGCAUUUCCACCUGCAGCGGCGACAAGUCAGAUAUGACUUCAAAUACCUUAGAGCUGAGGCGAAACUUAAAGGAUACUCUCCGUAACAAGCAAGACCUUAUAACAAGUGGAGCCUGUAAACCUGACACGAUAAAACUGGGAUUAGCUGGAUGGAAAUCUCGAUUCUACAGGGAAAAGUUUGGUGUUGAAAGAUUUAACGAAGCUGGGAAUCUGAAGAAUGACAUGGUUCAAAAGUAUCUUGAAGGACUUUGUUGGGUGCUUCUGUACUACUUUGCAGAUGUGCCAUCAUGGAGCUGGUACUAUCCAUUCUAUUAUGCUCCUUUUGCAUCUGAUCUGAAAGGACUAUCUCAGUUUAAGAUAUCUUUUACCAUGGACAAGCCACUAAGACCAUUCAAUCAGCUCAUGGCAGUCCUUCCAAAAGAAAGCUCUUUUGCAUUACCGAAGUGUUACAGAAAACUGAUGGAAAAUGAAGAGUCUUCCAUACAAAAAUUCUAUCCUUCAGAUCUGCAGAUUGAUACCCAUGGGAAACGUUUCUUGUGGCAAGGUAUUGCAAAGAUGCCAUUCAUUGAUGAAAAGCUACUGAUUUCGGCUACCAAGACAGUGGAGAAUGAACUCACAGUGCAUGAGAUGAGUAGGAACACUGUUCGGCAAGAGAAGAUCUUCGUGAGGAACUCAAAUACUAUGGCAAGCAAUGCAGCCAUUGGGCAAAUAUUUGAUUGUUCAUCGAAAAAGCUUCCAAUAGAUCCAGCAGCCAGUGAACUUGGUGGAUGGAUAUCGCCUGUUGACGACAAUGGUAUAAGCUGUGGAUUCUUCCGUUCACCCGUUAGAGAUCUUGAGGACCUUAGGAAUGUCCAGACAGUAUCAUUCAUGUUCUUCAACCCAGAGCCAGUGAAGAUCAUUCCAAGACUACUUGAACAUGUCAAUAAACCUGAAAAGACUUUAACUGAAGCUGACAUUCCAACAAGGCCGAUGUGGCACACCUACCCAGGUUCCCGCCCACCGGAAACCUUCACUGCCACAGAAGAGGUGCAGCCCAGGAAUAGCAGCUUUGGCCGUGGGAGAGGGAGAGACAUCAGGACCGAGACACCGCAGUUGGGCGGCAACUAUGGGAGAGGUUUCCAUGGGGCUGGCAUGGCACAAAGCCGUGGUGGUGCGUACACUUUCCAGCCAGGCGGGAGAGAUUGUGCAGGAAGUGGCACGUUGCAGAGGCAGCAGGUGGCAUGGCGCCCAGUUGGGGCGUGGGCAAGAGGUGGAAGUGAGAAUGGAGGCGGCCAUGGCGGGAAUGGGCAGCCCCGUGGUUGGUAGAACAGAACAGAGGUAGAGGGAAUGCGAUGCGAUGAUGAACCACCCUAGUUUUUGGUCUCGCGCGCCUCACCAUAUUUUGUCUGAAACUUUGCCGGUGCUAUGCUGGUCAAGAAUUGCGUCGUCUGUGAUCUGUUAAACUAGAGUCUAGAGGUGCAUUUUGUUUGAGACAAAUGAUGGAUCAUGAUUGUUGUAGCUGCUAAUCUUGGGUCUAACUGCUUGCUCGAUUUCCCCCCGUUUGUGCCUGGCUUCUGUAUAGCAAUUCCACUGCGCUUGCUAGAGCAUGUCUGUUCAGCUUUGUAUUGCUAGAUUGUUAUGAUUUGAAGGCUAGACUAUGGUAAUCCAGCA